AUGGCGACAACAAUAAUUGUUAUCGCCCUUGUAACUCUCGCCCAUUCGGGAUAUGCACGCUAUACAAAAUUUCCUGAAGGAUUUACAUUUGGCGUUGCUACAGCCGCUCAUCAGAUAGAAGGAGCUUGGAAUGUCAGUGGUAAGUCGGAAAACGUUUGGGAUCGCCUAACACACACGCGGCCAUGGAUGGUCGCUGAUGGAACGAAUGGUGACAUUGCAUGCGACUCUUAUAACAGAUACCAAGAGGACGUAGAUGAGCUUGCAUACCUUGGUGUGGACUUUUACAGAUUUUCUUUAUCAUGGGCUAGGAUAUUGCCUACUGGCCGUGUUGACUAUAUAAACCCUGAUGGUAUUCGCUACUACCAUGCUCUUCUAGAUGCUUUGGCUGAAAAGAAUAUUGAACCACUGGUUACAUUAUUCCACUGGGACUUACCGCAAACACUCCAAGAUCUAGGUGGUUGGGCUAAUCCGAAAAUGAUUGAUUAUUUCCGUGAUUAUUCUGACUUGUGCUUCAGGGAAUUCGGUGACAAGAUCAAAUCCUGGAUAACAUUCAAUGAGCCUUAUGAAAUUUGCGAAGAUGCAUAUGGUGAUGAUAAAAAAGCACCCGCUAUCGAAAGUCAUGGUGUUGGAAACUAUUUAUGCAGCGACACACUACUUAAGGCCCACGCUGAAUCUUAUCAUUUAUAUAAUGACACCUACAGACCUAUUCAAAAUGGAAGAAUAAUGAUCUCUAUCAACUCUAUUUGGUACGAGCCGAGUGAUCCUGAAAAUUCAGAACAAGUUGCUCUAGCGGAAGUGGCUAAUCAAUUUAAAUUUGGAUGGUUCGCGCACCCUGUUUUCACUGAGCAAGGUGGUUAUCCCGCAGUCAUGGUUGAGAAUGUUGCGCAGCAAAGUCAAGCCGAAGGUCUUCCUAAAUCACGUUUAGAACAGUUUGACGAAUAUUGGAUUGAAAGGAUUAAGGGCACAUCAGACUUCCUCGGCAUAAAUCACUACACCACCCAUUUGAUCACCGGCCCCGGUGUAGAUCCACUUGCAAAAUCGCCAUCCUGGCUUAAAGAUAUUGGAGCUAUCACUUCAUUAAAAGUUGGAGGGGACUCAGCUUCCGAAUGGCUUAGAGUGGUUCCUACGGGUUUUGCUAACUUAUUGCGCUGGUGUAAAAGCUCCUACAAUGACCCACCGAUUUAUAUAACUGAAAACGGAUGCUCUGAUCGCGGCGCCUUACAAGAUUAUAGCAGAAUUCAGUAUUUGAAUGAUUACCUUUCGGAAAUCUUAAAUGUUAUCUACGAUGAUGAUGUGAAAGUUCUUGGUUACACUUUAUGGACGCUUAUGGAUAACUUUGAAUGGCGUGCUGGAUUUUCUGAACGCUUCGGCUUAUACUACGUAGACAUUAAUGACCCGGAACGCCCAAGAACACCUAAAUUAUCCGUAGAAUAUUACAAACAAUUAAUUGCGACAAGGGAGAUCCCUCAAGACGACCGUUUCAAAGAUCCCACUGUGAGACGAGGUAUC